AUUUUCACACCCCAAAAUAUAGAAGGCGCCAAUCAAUAACCAAUUUUUGUUACCUGAAAUCAUCAAUUUACAUCUGCUAGGGUUUAACACUUCUGAGGGGAAGAUGCAGUACCCGAUGAAUCCACCGGGGCCACCACCAUUCGGACGACCGUUACCUCCGCCAUUACCGGCUUUUCCACCGGCGUCAAGUGCUUUCUGGAGUAGCUCCACCAAUGUGGUUGAUCACCUCAAAAACCUACACGACACCGUGAAUCUGGCUACAGCUUUGAAGAAGGAGAUGGAAAUGUUAAUUACAUUGAAAAACAAGAAAGAAAAUUCUGAGGAGGGUUCAGAAAAUGGGGCUAGUGCUGGCUCUCUUGAUAGUUUUGUGAAGUUUAUGGAGCAUUCUAAGAUCAAUAUGGAAAGCCAAGAAUUUUUGUCGUUGGAAGCGGCUAAUGCUUUAAUGUCAAAAUUGAGAGCUCAGUUGGAACCUUUUAGAGUUAUCACAGAUGAGAUGGCCCCAUGGGAAGAAAAAUCUGCAACUGUUGGAUUAGCAAAUAAAAUGCACAAGUACAAAAGGAACAAACUUUGGCGAAAGAGGAAGAGGAAACACGUUGCAGAAAAACUAGCAAAGGAGCGAGAGCAAUAUGACCAAAUUGAUAUGGAAGCUGAUGAAUGGAGGGCGAGAGAGAUAGCCAAGGAUAUUGCAAAACGCAAGGUUGAAAAGAUGAAGGAAAUAGCAAAGCUGAAGGCAAAAGAGGAGAAAAAGAGACUAGAAUCUGAGCUUGAGCUGGCAUUGAUAGUAGAGAAAUUGCAAGAAUUACGUUCCAUCAGGGUUCAGAAAUUGAAGAAGCAAGGUCACUUUCUCCCUGAGGAGGAUGACAAGUUUCUAGAAAAAGUAAGAGCUGCAGUCGAGGAAGAAGAGCGACAGGCAAAGGCAGCUGCUGAUACAGCUGCUGCUAAGGAUGCAAUUGCAACUGCUGAGGUAUCCAGGAAAACAAUCCAAAGUCAAAGACCAGAGCCUGGUGACCUGCAUGCUAAUACUGGUGACGAUAAAAUAAGUCCAGACCAAAUGACUGUGGAUAAUGAUAAAUCAGGUCCUACACCUGUCAAUGAGUUGGAAAAGGUUGGAUCUAAAGGUCUAGGCUCAGCCAGCUUACAUGAUUCUGUGGCAAAUCUACCAAUGGAAUUUUAUCACUAUUACUAUGGCAGUAAUCAUGAUUUGGGAACACUUAUAGAGGUAAGAAGAACAUGGGAUGCAUACAUCAGACCUGGAGGAAGUCGAAUACCUGGGCACUGGGUCCAGCCACCACCUCCAGCAGAUGCGAUAUGGGCAUCCUACCUGGCAAAGCCUAAAUGACAUUUUAUAGCACCGCGCCUUUGAUGCUUGUUGAGGACAUCCGGACACGGAAAAAAAGGCUUGUGCCUAAUUUCUCUCUCUCCCCAUGAUCAACAGAACUCCAAGGCAAACAUGAGGGACUACCUUUGUCUGAAACAAUGGUGAUUUAAGUGCAAUACAGUACAAGGAAGACAUUGAUAAUUGCUAGGAGAUCAGGCAUGCCAUUAAAAUAGCAGGAGCUGAUAUUGUCAUAGUAGCUACCCAGGGGCGAUCCCACAUGGGUUCAAGUAAAUUUUUUUGUAUUUGAACCCCCUCACUGACAAAGAGAAACUAAUAGCCAAGCGGUUGAGUCCCCUUGAAAUUAACCUCCAUGUCGAGGGUUCAAAUCCCUAUGUUAGCAUUUUUUUUAGUUUUUGAUUUUAUAAAACGUGCUAAUAGUGUGGUUUUAAACCUAAAAAAAAAUUCAAAGGGUCGGCCACUAAAACUAUAUACUACUUGGAAUUUUGUUAUGUUGCCUUAUUUACAUGUUUAUACUUUUAUUUUUGAA